CAGAGCAGAGGCUGCCGGGAGCGCGCGGCCGGGCGGAAGUAGCCGCCCGCCCUGUCCGGCCCUACGCAGGUAGGCGGCAGCCCGCGGGCUCCGGAGCCAGGCUCUCAGUGGCCUGCCGCAGCUCUACAGAGGCACUGGUGUAAGCUGUUGGUCCUUGAGAACACUGUCACCAACCUGUCCCAACAGCACACGCACUCCAUCUGCUGUGCCUGCAGAGCGGAGGGGACAGGAAGAAGGGUCUCCAGCGGUGGAGGCAGGGGUCCUGUUUUCACCUUCCACCUGAAUGUGGCAUGUGUGCCCGUGAAGCUCCCACAGACACGUGUGGCUCUGUCAUCUGAGUCUCAGAACGUCCUUCACAGUAGUGUGGCUGUCUUCAAGGUGGCUGUACAGGUCCUGCCCAGCGUGCAGUCUGAUGCCCAUCCAGCCCUUUGACCACCGGGAAUGGAAUGAGCCUAUGCACUCCCUCCGGAUCAGUGUAGGGGGCCUUCCUGUGCUGGCAUCCAUGACCAAGGCCACAGACCCUCGCUUCCGCCCCCGCUGGAGGGUGAUCCUGACGUCCUUUGUGGGUGCUGCCCUCCUCUGGCUGCUCUAUUCCCAUCAUCAGGCCCCAGUACCGGGCAGGUCCCCCACCCACAAUGCACACAGCCGGAGGUUCAGCCCAGAGCAUGUCUCUCACUACAAUGACACCUAUCCCCUGUCACCCUCCCAGAGGACUCCAGGUGGGAUCCGGUACCGAAUCGCAGUCAUCGCUGACUUGGACACGGGGUCCAGGGCCCAGGAAGAAAACACUUGGUUUAGUUACCUUAAGAAAGGCUACCUGACCCUGUCGGACAGUGGGGACAAGGUGAUUGUGGAGUGGGAUAAAGACCAUGGGGUCCUGGAGUCCCACCUGGCAGAAAAGGGGCGGGGCAUGGAGCUCUCUGACCUGAUCGUCUUCAAUGGGAAACUAUACUCUGUGGACGACCGCACGGGGGUCAUCUACCAGAUCGAGGGCACCAGACCAGUGCCCUGGGUGAUCCUUUCUGAUGGUGAUGGAACCGUGGAGAAGGGCUUCAAAGCUGAGUGGCUUGCUGUGAAGGACGAGCACCUGUACGUGGGUGGCCUGGGCAAAGAGUGGACCACCACCACAGGGGAGGUGAUGAACGAGAACCCUGAGUGGGUGAAGGUGGUAGGCCCCAGGGGCAGCGUGGAGCACGAGAACUGGGUGUCGAGCUACAAUGCUCUGAGAGCCGCCGUGGGGAUCCAACCGCCAGGCUACCUCAUUCACGAAUCCGCCUGCUGGAGUGACACACUGCAGCGCUGGUUCUUCCUGCCGCGCCGGGCUAGCCAUGAGCGCUACAGCGAGAGGGCCGAUGAGCGCAAGGGCAGCAACCUCCUGCUGAGCGCAGCCCAGGACUUCAAGGACAUCUCUGUGAGGCGCGUGGGGGAGCUGGUCCCCACUCACGGCUUCUCAUCUUUCAAGUUCAUCCCCAACACUGACGACCAGAUCAUCGUGGCUCUCAAGUCAGAAGAGGACAGUGGCAGGAUUGCCACCUACAUCAUGGCCUUCACGCUAGAUGGCCGCUUCCUGCUUCCAGAGACUAAGAUCGGCAGUGUCAAGUAUGAAGGGAUAGAAUUCAUCUAGAUGAGUAAGUUCGCAUGCCCAGCAAGGUGAGGGCGCGUGGCCUGAGCCACGCCAGGACUCAAUUUCAUAAAAACCAGAGGAACGCA